AGGAUGUUCUUAGCUGCACGUGGCCGUGUAUUCGCGCUAAGUUCAGUCGAGAAAAAAGCUCCAAGUGCAAACAAGGCAGGAAGUUGACAAAGGCAGUGAUGGGAGCACGGGGCCACUACAGCUCUUCUGAAGGAUAAUCAGGGUCUCUGCAGGCCAACCAGGACGGCAAUUGUCGGUUCCCCCCCCCCUCCUUACGUGCUUGCUGGGAGAAAUUUGUGGAGUAGAGGAGUGACUGGAAACCGAGGUGAAGUGCAGACAGGCUUAGAAGGAAAGGGGAGACCGCUGGUUGGUUUGAGAUGUCCACCACCAGUGCACAAGCGGCUGUGGCCGCGAAAAAGGGGGCCAGUUUCCUCUUGUCGGUGACGGCGAAGGGCGUGACGAAGGUAGCAGAGGGGUUGAAAAAUGCAAGGAAGGCAUACAAGGAGUAUCAUGAGAACGAUGUGCUAACCACGUUGAAGAAGCAAGGGGUGGCCCCUUCGGAGCUACUCUUCGCUGCCCUUCAGCGACUGCAUUAUUUGAAUCUUGCUGGGUACAAACAGGAGGCAGGGGCUGUGGUUCAGCAGACGGUCACGAGGCUGCUCGACACACAGAAGAGCUCGAUCCCGUUGGAUGUCCUAAGGGUGAUUGGCCAGACUCUGGAGGAAGAAGCGAUGAAGUACGGGAAUAUCGCGAAAUCCAAGUUCCAGCAGAAGCUCAAGCAGUUCGUGGAGCAGUUCAGGCCAGCGGCGGAGAACAAGGAGAGGGACAAAUUGGCCCACGACUUCUAUUACGGAGUAACACUUCUGGUCGAAGUGGUCGGGGCGGGAGGGGGUGGAGGAGCGGAGGAUGCGGCGGCUGCACGAGUCCAAGAGGUUGUCAGAGUUGCUGCUGUCAGAUUGGUGGAGUGCUUUUCAGAAGGUGCUGCCGGCGGUGCGACUGGCGCUACAGUCCCACCGCUAGCUGCGCCCAAUCCUUAUGUAAUGACGGGCGAAGUUUCAGGCGGAGGGGGAGGGCAUUAUCCGGUAAUCAGUCCUCCAGAUUAUGUGUCAGCUACGUCUGCCGGUGUGGGGGUGCCUGUAUCGUCAUCUAGUGGGGGAAGCGGUCAAGAAGCUGGUCCAGAACCCGACAACCAGCGCAUGAAGGUGCAGAAGACACUGUACAUGCUGGGCUCCUCUCUGCGCAAGGAGGCGGAAGCGGCGGAAGCCAAACGGAUCAAGGCGCUGAAAGAGGCGGAAGCGAUGAUGAAAGCAGCAGAGCAAAACUGGCAGGCAGGGAUGGCCGGAGGCCCAGCAGCAAGCUCGGCCGGUCCGACCGGAGGCGCGGCCUGACAAGUUUUAUCAUCUCUGGCUCCCUCAAUGAGGCUGAAGCAGCGGAAGCCAAGUGGUGGAUUAUUAGGGCAUCGGAAGAGGCCAAAGCGAUAUGGUGAAAGCAGCGGACCGAAACUUGCAGUCAGAAAGCAAUUACGAAAGCGGCGGACCGAACCUGGAAGGCAGGGAUGCCCAGAGGCCCAGCAGCAAGCUUGGCAGACGGUGCGGCAUGACCAAUUCUGACCAUCUCUGCCUCCCUCAAGGAGGCUGAAGCAGCGGAAGCCAAGUGGAACAGGCCAUUGAAAGAGGCGGAAGCAAUAUAUGGUGAAAGCAGUGGACCGAAGCCAGCAGGCAGGUAUGCCCGGAGCCCAGGCGGGAGGCUGGGCGGGAGGCUGGGCACGACCAGGUUGACCUCUUCUGCCUCCCUCAUUGGCAUGGCAGUGGGUUGAGAAAAUUUGUGGUCCCAGUUAGUGAGACCAUCAUCGGCACUGUGAAGGACAUCAUGGUUCUUUGAACUUCGCAUUUUUUUUUUUUUUUUUCCUUCUCUUGAUCUCCUCUGCUUUGCAUCUGCUCCCUCGUCAGCGUGGCGUUGCAUUGCAUUGGGACCUUUUGGGAGACGUUGCUCUCCUUGUGAGGGAGAUGCCGUCGCCACUGUGAACAAUGUCGUGGUUCUCCUCUCUUUGUUUUUUCCAUGCCGGUAUUGUCCUCUCUCCCCUCCUCAAACACGCGACAGAAUCAUCAAAAGAUGACCUCUCGCUUCGCGUCGACAGGUUUGCAUAGUACCGCCGCAGGGCUCAGAGCAGGGACCAGGGACAGUGAAAAAAACGCCGUUGUUACGUGGAUUAUCGUCUUCCUGCCCAAGGGACAUGAAAGGGACCUGCUUUGUGCAUAUAUAGGGACAAGGAAAGGGACCUGCUUUGCACAUAUAUAGGGACACGUUGCUUUUCAUAUAUAUAGGACCAUGUUACGCGUUUCUGGGCGCAUCCGUCUAGUGUAGUUAGUGGAAUUGCAGCAGAAGGAGGGGGAUUCCCUCCAAGCAGGUUGCAAAGGGAGGGAGGUAGUUGCUGUUUAGUGUAUGGUUGGUGGAAUUGCAGCAGAAGGGGAGGGAUUUCCCUUAGGGCAGGUUGCGAAGGGAGGGAGGUAGCUUCUGUUUAGUGUAGUUAUUAGUGGAAUUGCAGCAGAAGGAGAGAGAUUCCCUUUGGGUUGGUCGCAAAUGGAGGGGAGGUAAUUGCUGUGGAUAUUGCGGUAUGGAAUGACCGCUGCUGGACUUUGAGGAGAGUUCAUCUCUCUCUUUAGCUUGUCUUUACCUUAUCUUAUCUCAGCUUAGCGCUUCAGCUUAGCUUAGUGCUCUAGCUUAGCUUAGUGCUUUAGCUGUAGAGCUGAUCGUUUCUAUAGUUUGUUAGCUGAUUGCGACUAUAGGAAUGUGGGAGCGGUGGGAGGGAUGUUAUGGGGUGCGAAUUUAUGUGAGUAAAUAAAUUAACAGAAGAGGGUCAGGAACCAAUAGCAUGCUUUUUCCUCCAUGAGCAUCCUGAUGGGGAGAACACGUUUUGUGUCCGUUCCCUCUUUUUGGAAUCAUGAUCGCGUCCCUUCGUUUGCUCGCCGUUUAAAUAAAGAUCACGCCUUCGCUCUCCUGCGCUUGUCGACUUCGACUUCGAACUAUGUCCGACAUUACUGUUGCGUUGAGUGUUCUAUGGACUACUAUUUGUUGUCUGUUGCUGGAUGACCUGUGGCAGCUUCGCUUGCAAGAAGACAGGAGGGAAUGCCGACAACCACUUUCGUGUUCUUUUUCUUUGCGGUAGUUGCUUGACCUGUUGUUUGCAGAUUUCCAUGGGAAGCCAUUACAUUUUCAGCAUCCUUCUUUUCUAUGUGCUGUGGGCAAUGAACCUGCACAGCCGCA